AUGGGCAUGCCAAAAUAUUUUGCGCUGGAAAGUUUGUACAUAGAGAAUGUUACUAUUACAAAUAUUGAAGAAAAUUUUUUCCGAGGUCUUACUAUAAAGUCUGAACUACGAGCUAGUGAUUAUAAACUUUGUUGUCCACAAAUAUUAAAUCCAAAUAUUUCAGCAGACAAAUGUCAUGCGCCUGCAGAUGUCAUCUCUUCGUGUAAACAUCUUGUUGGUGACAUUGUAAAAAGAAUUACCAUCUGGACCGUAGGACUUAUAACCUUAGUUGGAAAUGGCACUGUGUUGGUCUAUAGAAUUGGUUGGAACAGAGAGAUAUUUAAAAAAGCUUAUGGACUGUUUGUAUCUGGUCUGGCUGUUUCAGAUUUUAUUAUGGGAAUUUAUUUACUAUUAAUAGCUGCAGUAGAUAUUCAUUAUGAAGAUAUUUAUGUAUUAGAAGAUGUAAAAUGGAGACACAGUGUUUUGUGUCAGUUUGCAGGAUUUCUGUCAACAAUUUCAAGUGAAACUUCCACAUUUUUUAUUUGCUUAAUAACAAUAGAUCGUUUCUUGAAAAUAACAUUUCCAUUUGGUCAAUACAGGUUUACAAAAACAGGCAAAAUAUUUUCUUUUACAUUGGUUUGGUUCUUUGGUUUUCUGUUGGCUCUAAUUCCUAUUACAUCUACUGAAUGGAAUAUUUAUUCUUCUAAUGGUUUGUGUUUGGCUCUGCCUCUGGGAUCUUCAAAACAUGAUGCUUUUGGCCAAAUAGUAAUUUUUGUUAAUAUUGUACUUUUAAGGAAAAGUACUGCUAACUUAAGAAUAAAUAUCAAAAGAAAGCAGGAUGAUUUAAACAUAGCUAAAAAACUAGCUUUCGUUGCUUUGACAGAUUUCAUGUGUUGGUUUCCUGUUGGAAUACUUGGAUUUCUUUCUUUAAAUGGUCACAUCUUUGACCGUGAAGUUUACGCUUGGAUCGCUGUUUUUGUAAUGCCUGUAAAUUCUGCGCUAAAUCCUAUUAUUUACACGAUUCCAGCCAUCUACCAGAAUUGUAUUUCACAAAAUGUUUGUUUAAGAAGAAGAACAUAGUUUAGGUUGUGAUAACCCUCGAAACAGUAAUCUCUCUUCAAAACAAUUCCCUUCCAGACCGUGCGAUCUAUAAGGCAGAUGAUGUUAAGAUCAUUUGCCUCUUUGGCCAACGUAAAUCUAAUAUAGUGUUAUAACCCUAUUGGCGUCGCGAGAGGGUUAACUGUAGAAUUAGUUGACACACGUGACUCAGGCAAACCACUCAGGGUAUUGACUGUCGAUGGACAAGGGACAGUACGUGCUAGUACACAGAUAUGACCCGCGUUAUGGUCAUGUGAUCGAAAGCCUGCGUGAACUAGAGACAGUGCGUAAGAAAGCGGCAGUUCAAGACGGGACAGUUAGUCGGCCAGGAAGUCGGUCCUGGUCGAGUCCUCAAGUGUUAUGUACGAGUCCAGGAAGAGAUAGAGACAGUAGAGUUUUGUACGGUUAUGUACAGUGUAACAUUUUAGUUGUUGAUGUGUUGUCAAUAGUCUAGUAUUGGCUGUUAUCUACUUAUUCACUCAUUAUUAAAGUACCAGAUUAACCAGAGCUCUUGCUGUCAAGUUGUUGAUGUGUUAGAUGUGAUGUGCUGUGUUUAGCAAUGUUUACAGAAAGCCUGAUUAGGAGAGAGAAUCGUAACAAUAGAACUCAAGGGCUCACAGUCAGAAGUUUAGGUCUAGUGUUAGAUCUAGAUGUCCAUAUAAUGAACAUACUAAUAAAUAAUCGUACAAGUAUGCAUCGUAAAGUUCCUUUCAGACCAUGCGGUCUAUAGUGCAGAUGAUGUUAAGGUUAUUUAUUUCUUUGACCUACGGUAAACGACCAUGUGACUAGCACGAAGAAAAAAAGCCUUUACUUUCCCCAACUAAAGUCAGAUUGGGUGGACUAAAAGAUGCCUUAAAAAUCCCGAAAUUUGAAAUCCCUUUCUUCGGUGAGAUUGGAACUCACGACACCAGAUUUGGAAGCCAAGCGCUAAAUCACAAAGA